AUGGCUGCUGCGAACGGUGUUGGCGAUGGCAUCUUCUCUGCCACAUACAAUGGAAACCCCGUCUGGGAGUUCCAGUUCUUAGGCCCAGAUGCAAAGAGAGAGCAUGUGAUGCGACGCCAGUCCGACAACUGGGUCAAUGCCACACAUAUCCUGAAAGCUGCCGGUUUCGACAAGCCCGCGAGAACUAGAAUCCUCGAGCGCGAUGUACAGAAGGGAAACCACGAGAAGGUUCAGGGAGGCUAUGGUAAAUUCCAAGGAACCUAUCUGCCUCUGACAGAUGCACGAGAGCUGGCGCGACAACACAACGUCCUCGAUCGCAUUGGUCCCAUCUUUGACUUCGUCCCCGGUGCUGUUACCCCACCUCCUGCUCCUCGACAUGUCAGCAAACCAAAACAGCCUAAGAAGAGUGCGGUGAUUGCCCAACCUGCUGCUAUCAAGAAGCGGAAGCGCAAUGAUCAUUUUGCGGAUGACUUCGAUCGAUCUUCCGUUGCUUUCCGGGAUGAUACACCCGACGACCAGACGGUAGCUUCCGGCAGUUAUAUGGCCGAGGAUGAUGCAGACAGGAUGAUUGUGCACAGGCACACAAUGUAUGGCGAGGCACUCCUUGACUACUACGCCCUAGACAUGCGCGACUCGUCUGCUCCGCGCCCGGAGCCCCCUACGAACUUCAGGCCCGACUUCCCCAUCGACAAGCACCAAAAUACCGCCCUACACUGGGCCUCGGCAAUGGGUGAUAUUGACGGAGUCAAGCACAUGAAGCGUUUCGGUCCGUCACUUGCUGCAAGGAAUAUGCGAGGCGAAACCCCCUUGAUGCAUGCAGUCAACUUCACAAACGCCUUCGACAAGCAGACAUUCCCAGCCAUUAUGGAAGAGCUUCGAGAGAGCAUUGGAGAGCGCGACCUCUCGGGCCGGACAGUUCUGCACCAUGCCGUUUCGCACGCUGUCUCGGUCAAGUAUCGGAGACCUGCCAGGUACUACGUCGAAACCAUCCUGGGAAAGCUACAGGACACACACGAUUCCACGUUUGUCGAGCAGCUCGUGAACUCCCAGGACGUCAAUGGUGACACAGCUAUCCACCUUGCUGCCGAAAACAAGAAUACCAAGAUUAUUCGCUCGUUGCUUGGCCGUGGCGCAUCCACCUCGAUCCGCAACAACAAGGGCAUGCAUGCUGAGGAAAUGAUCCGAGAGCUAAACGAAGGCAUUCGGUCACGCUCCGCCAUGCCUCCGCCAUCGUCUUCGCCGUUCGCCCCUCCACCUCGACGCCCGAGCGUCAGCGAUGCGCUGCAAGACAUGUGGAAGAAUGCCGAAUUUCGGUCCGAGGCCGCCAAAGCCGUGCAGAAGCGAAUCGCCCCCAGCAUACUGCAAAAGAGUAGAGAUCUUGCGCAGAUCUUCGAGAAUCAAUGGCAGGAGAAGGACGAGGCCGAGCAAGAGGUGCGCCAGAUCCUGGAAAACACCCAAGAGGAGGCCAUGGCUCAGAUGGAGGAACUGCGCCGUCUUGAGUCAAUGCUCGAGCCGGAUGAGCUUGGUGCGAAGACGACAGCCGAGGCGGCGCAGUUGCGCACUCAACUCGCAUCUCUGCUCAAGUAUCAGAAUCGCAUUACAGUCCAAGGCAGGGUCCACACCGAGCUUAGCAUGCAGGUCAAUGGUGACAGCCAGGGGGCCAGCAGCCAGGCGAGUGGCCAUGACGAUCAGGACGAGCGCCGACAACUGGCACAAGAGCUUCUCGGCAGGAUUAGCGACCUGCGCAAGCUCGAGGAGGACCUGGUGGCGGCGACAGGAUUGCAGGGCAUGGGCCAAGCCAUCGAGAACUAUCGAUAUCUGCUCCAGCUUUGCCUCGGCCAUCAGGCGCCGGGCCUUGACGACAACCUGGACAACAUGAUCCGGGAAAUUCAGGAUGAGGUUGAUUAUACCAACAGCUCACGGGCGUUGCGUGUGACGGGCAAUGGCGAUGCACACGCAGUGGAACUUUCUGAAGGGGAGUAG